AUGAAUGUCUGGUCAGGGUCCGUCAAAACGAAUUCGGACUGCAACCUAGAAGGAAUUCGAUUAAUUGAUCCAAACUCCUACUGGCAGUCCGAGCUUUCAAAAGAGUCCCAACUAAGCCUCCAAAGCUUUGUCAAUCCAGCACUCAUUCCACUCCAUGCACGCGCAGGCCCCAACCUAGAAUUACAUACAAGCCAUGCGGGGACAUCACAAUGGCUGAAGGAGAAGCUAACCGGCUCCCUGUGGCUAAACGAUGAAGACCCAGCCCUCCAGAAAUCCCUCCAGUGCCCAGUCGGCCUGCUGGUCAGCGUCGACGGCAACACAAAACAAGGCGGCGCAGCCACAACAAACCUCCUCGUGUACGGCGUAUUAGCCAGCGCAAGCUAUACACGCCCACCUACACCACCACACUCCUCCCCAUCAGAGCUCCCAGACCCAACAACCACAUUACCAUCCCCGAGGGCUCCAUAUGAACUCAGCAUCUAUGCCGCACCACUGUCCACCUCCCGCCUCACCCAGGCGCAAGCCUACCCAUCACCACCACGAAGCGCAGCUGGCGAACACAGCAUACCAAAUACCCGGCAUGCCGAGUUCCUCCCAGAUAUCAGCUCCCCAAGCCCUAAGCGCAAACGAGUAGCAACUCUCUUCGAAGUCGCUGCCCAGCACCACCGCCGCGUCCGUCAGCGCGGCGGCGAAGCAGUCUCCCAACUGAUGGCACCUUCACGCCCUCUCUCCUCGUCCCAAAAUUUGCAGUCAUUGCGCAUAAAGCGCGAACCAGAUGACGAGGUUUCCUCCCUCCCAUCUCUGGACCGCAUAGCACAUGCACGCAGAUCGAGGUCAGUGUCCAUCGGCGCAAAUCUCCACCGACCAGGUAGCGUGCGCGGUAAUCGCGCAACAGCAGAUCCGCAAAAGCGCGCACAAACACCAACGCCAUUUUUGGACUCUGGAAUUGGAUCUGGAUCUGGAUCUCGACCUAGCUCUCGUCGGGAACCAUUCCAAUCCCAACUACAACCCCAACCAUCGAAUCUAUCAUCAGAGGAAAAGCCAACCUCAGUACCGGGAUCACCAUCCAAAGACCCUGAAACAAUAGUGUCGGAGAACAAGAACCUAAUAACUCGCACGAUAUUAACAUGCAUGCGUCUUUACGGCUUCCACCGCGCAAACAAUACACGCACAGCCUCGAUGAGCAAAGCGCCCGGCGGAGGCGCAGAUGCAGAAGCCGAUACAUCGGGAACGACACCAGCGCCUGAGUCUUUCCGUGCUGAGACGCCUGCGCCGGGUGUUUCUGCUGACGAUGAUGAGUUCAAGGCUAUGUAUCAUGCUACGUACAAGGCUGCCGCAUUUGCGUUGAGGAGGUAUUUGAAAACUGGAAUUCCCGGGUGUGUGUCUGGGCCUGUGGUUUUGCAGAAGGAGAAGGCUAUGACUUGUAUUGAUGAGUUGUUGAGGUUGUUCUGUGAGGAGCAUUGA